AUGGCACCGCCUACAGAUAGAGAUAUCUUGCCUGACACUAUCAAACCUAUAAACUACAACCUGUCUCUUUCCAACCUCGAGUUCGGCGGGAAUUGGUCCUACGAUGGUCUCGUCAAAAUCACUUCCAAGGUCAAACAGACUACAAAAGAGGUCAUUGUCAAUGUCAAGGAGCUAGAAAUCAAGGGCGCUGAGGUAUUCGGUCAAGAUGGUGGCGCAAUUGUGUCGUCAAUGGCGGAUGUGUCGUAUGACAAGAGCAACGAAAGAGCGAUUAUCAAGCUCUCGGGUGAUAUUCCUUCUGGGGAUGCUAUCAUCGCUAUCAAGUAUCGUGGGACCAUGAACAGCAAGAUGGCAGGGUUCUACCGUUCGAAGUACAAGCCUGUAACUACACCCAGCUCAAGCACACCAACCGACGGCGAGUUCCACUACAUGUUCAGCACGCAGUUUGAAGCCUGUGAUGCGAGGCAGGCAUUCCCAUGUCUCGAUGAGCCAAACUUGAAGGCGUCAUUCGAGUUUGAGAUUGAAAUUCCCGAAGAUCUUACCGCUAUCAGCAACAUGCCUGAAAAGGCUGUUACUAAAGGCAGCAAAGACGGGCUCAAGAAAGUCUCGUUUGAAAAGACCCCAGCCAUGAGCACGUAUCUUGCUGCUUGGGCCUUUGGUGAUUUUGAGUACGUCGAGGAUUUCACUGCACGCAAAUAUAACGGCAAGAAUAUUCCUGUCCGGGUUUAUACAACUCGAGGUUUGAAGGAGCAAGGCCGUUUUGCGCUGGAACAUGCUCACAAGACCUUGGACUAUUUCUCUGACGUUUUCGGAAUUGAAUAUCCCUUGCCUAAAUCUGAUCUCCUGGCUGUACAUGAAUUCGCUAUGGGUGCUAUGGAGAAUUGGGGCUUGGUCACCUAUCGAACUACCGCUGUUCUCUUCGACGAGGAAAAAUCAGACGCUCGGUUCAAAAACCGAGUUGCAUAUGUGGUUGCUCACGAACUGGCCCACCAGUGGUUUGGCAAUCUCGUAACGAUGGACUGGUGGAACGAGCUGUGGCUAAACGAAGGCUUUGCCACCUGGGUGGGCUGGCUCGCUGUCGAUCAUCUGCACCCGGAAUGGGACAUUUGGAGUCAGUUUGUGGCUGAAGCUGUACAAACAGCUCUAGAGCUCGACUCUCUGCGCGCAUCCCACCCUAUCGAAGUCCCCGUCCGCAACGCCCUCGAAGUUGAUCAGAUAUUUGACCAUAUAUCUUACCUCAAGGGUAGCUCUGUGAUUAGGAUGUUGAGCAACCAUCUCGGCCAAGAAGUGUUUCUGAAAGGGGUCGGUGAUUAUCUCAAGAUCCAUGCCUAUGGCAAUGCCAGAACGAACGAUCUCUGGGCAGCGCUCAGCGCCGCUUCGGGACAAGAUGUUCAAGCCUUCAUGGACCCUUGGAUCCGCAAAAUUGGUUUUCCAGUGGUCACUAUUGCCGAAGAGCCUGGUCAAAUUGGCAUCCGCCAGUCAAGAUUCUUAUCUACAGGCGACGCGAAAGCGGAGGAGGAUGAGACGACUUGGUGGGUUCCGGUUGGUCUCAAGACAGGAACACCAACCAAGAUUGUGCACAGUGCAUUGAGUCAGAAAGAGGACACUGUUCGAGACAUCGAUGACGAGUUCUACAAGAUCAACGCUGACCAGAGUGGCUUCUACCGAACGAACUAUCCACCUCAGCGCCUUGUGAAGCUUGGCCAGUCUCAAGACCGCUUAUCUGUCGAAGAUAAAAUCGGCCUUAUGGGAGAUGCAACGGCGCUUGCCAUCGCCGGAACAGGCACGACAGCAGCACUUCUCUCGUUGUUGGAAGGAUUUAAGCACGAGAAGAAUUUUACUGUAUGGCAGCAGAUCGCAAGCUCACUCUCGAAAGUAAGAUCUGUUUUUGCCACCAACAAAGAAGUUUCAGCUGCCUUGAAGAAGUUCUCCUUGACAUUGGUCUCUCCAGCCGCAGAAGCUAUCGGGUGGACAUACCCCGAUGGCGAGGACUGGUUGACUGGCCAGUCUCGAAAGCUCCUGCUCGGCAUGGCUGCUGGUGCUGGACACGAAGGAAUCAUUGCAGAAGGCCAGAAGAAAUUCGCAGCUUGGAAGGCCGGUGAUGAGAAGGCAGUCCAUCAGAACUUACGAGGCGUUGUCUUCAAUCUAGCCGUUGCGAAUGGUGGGCAAGAAGAGUAUGAUGCUCUGAAAGCUGAAUUCAAGAAGACAACAAGCGUGGAUGGCAGGGAAAUCUGCAUCCAAGCACUCGGGCGAUCGAAGAACCCGGAUCUCGCAUGGGACUUGCUCGAGUUCGUCACCUCUGACAAUGUUCCACCUCAAGAUGCCCAUGGAGGCAUUUCCGCUGUUUCUAACAACAACGAGACGCGAACAGUGGCCUGGGAGUUCACCAAGAAGAACUGGGAGCGGGUUCAAAAGAGACUCGGAGUGACAGGAAUAGUGAUUGAUCGAUGGAUCAAGAUGGGAUUGCCCAAGUUCUCAGACACGGCGAUCCGCGAUGAUAUUGCUCAGUUUUUCGCCGACAAGGAUACUGCGGCGUUCAACCGCAGUCUUGUGAUUGUUUCGGACACAAUUACCAGCAAUGCGAACUACAAGCAGCGGGACGAAGCUCAGUUGCUGGAGUGGCUGAAAGCUCACGGCUAUGCUUGA